AUGGCUCUCAUUCUAACCAAUGGUGCUACUCCACUUUGGUCACCAUCAUGCUGUUGUUCAUCUUCAACAACAUCUAAGGCAAUUACUAAGUUGUUCCCCAGACUGCACUUGAAGCCCGUUAAUCUGCUGUCGAAACCUCUUGAUGGACUUAGCUCUGCAACUGGCCUCACUUCAGUGCGGAAUAUUGGGUUGAUACCAAGGGCAGUAUCUGACAUCGAUGAUCCUAGUCCGGCCAGUGUGGAGCCAUCAAGUGGGAGUGAGGACGAAGAGAGUUUGUCAAUUGAUAAACUCCCUUUGGAGUCUAAGCUGCAGCUGAAGCUCGAGCAGAAGAUGAAAAUGAAACUGGCCAAGAAGAUCCGUCUGAGGAGAAAGAGGCUCGUGAGGAAGCGGAGGCUGAGGAAGAAAGGACGAUGGCCCCCAUCCAAAAUGAACAAGUUGAAGAAUGUCUGA